AUGGAUUUUCAAAAUCGUGUAGGUCAUAAAACAGGCAGUGGUAUGCCACUAACUAAAGAAGAUAUUAAUUUAGAAAGAAGAGAGAGACUAAAGCAAUUAGCUUUAGAAAAUAUUGAUAUUACAAAAGAUCCAUAUAUUUUGAAAAAUAAUGUUGGAAUGUAUGAAUGUAAAUUAUGCUUAACUUUGCAUAAUAAUGAGAGUUCAUAUUUAUGCCAUACUCAAGGAAAAAAACAUCAGAUGAAUUUGGGGCAACGAUUGCUUAAAGAAAAAAAUGAAAUGGUUAGUAAUAAAUUAAACAAAACAGUAAGUGAGCCUAAAAAAAUAAUAAAAAUAGGAAAACCGAGAUAUGAUGUCACAAAAGUUAAAAAUAAAAAAAAUCAAAUUGGAAUUUUAUUUGAACUAUCUUUUCCAAACAUAAAAGAAAAUACAAAACCAAAAUUUCGUUUUAUGUCAUCAUUUGAACAGAAAAUUGAAAUUCCUGAUAAAAAAUAUCAGUAUUUAUUGUUUGCUGCAGAACCUUAUGAAACGAUAGCUUUUAAAAUACCAAAUUUAGAUAUUGAUGAAACUGACGAUUUUUACUAUAAAUGGUUUGAAAAAAAAAAAAUUUUUGUUAUGCAAAUUCAUUUUCAAAAUAACCCUGAACAUUUACAUUUACGUGAGCAGAAUAAUUUUUUGCCCUCCACUAUUAGAUGGUGA